AUGGAUAAAACAAUAUUUUCAAAUAUAUUUAAUAAUAUCAUUUUAAAUAGAAUCAUAUUCAAUAAUGUUCAUGAAUUGAACUGUAGAUUUAAUAAAAAGUCUUUUAAAUGGUGUGAAGUUUUAAAGUUACCUUGCCUGUUGGCUUCCCGUAAUUAUUUAGAUCAACUAAAGAUCUAUCUAAAUGAUGAUAGCAAUCCAAUAUCAACAAAAAACAAUGAUAUUUUUCCUGAAGGAAAAAUCGUAGAUGAAGCAAUCAGAGGUGGAAGUUUGGAGAUGUUUGAAUAUCUUAUCAACUACUUUCAUAUCGAUCAUAAUCUCAAAUACAAAUCGGAAACAAUCAUACUUGCAUAUUCAUAUUCACCUUUUUCUGGAAACUUGGAGCUUAUGAAAUUCUUAUCUGCUAAAGCAGAUGAGAGCACUUUUGAAGAGGAAUAUUUUGGUGCUACAAAAAGAAAUGUAUUUGACGCUGCUACAGCGGUUGGAAACAUUGGUUUAAUAGAAUGGUUGUUUGCCAACCGCACACAAGAUAUCCAAGGCUCUGACAUGUUGAAAACAGCACUUAAAUUUAGAAAUAAUACAAAUAUGGUAGAAUACUUGUUGACAGAACACAAACAUACCUUUAAUUUUGAGGAGAACAAGUUUAUACCAUCUCAUUAUGUUUCAAGGGAAAACCAUGAAUUUUUUGAAAUGUUGGUUCGAAAUGGUUGCAUUAUUUCCGAUGAAAUAAUGGAUCAUGCUAUUGAUGAAAACAACCUCGAUCUUGUCAAAUGGUUACAUUACAACACAACAUACCAAUGUUGUUGGCAAACAAUCGACAAAACUGCUAAAGCAGGUAACUUGGAUUUGUUAAAGUGGCUGAAUGAAAAUAGAACUGAAGUUGCUUCAACUGAUGCAAUGGAUUAUGCUUCAGCAAAUGGCCACCUCCAUGUUGUUAAAUGGUUGCAUUAUAAUAGAAGUGAAGGUUGUACAACUAGAGCUAUGGACUUUUGUUGUAUGGAGAAAGACUAUUUUGGUAAUGAAGACUAUAAUAAUGACAAGACUCCAUUGGAAAUCAUCAAGUUUUUGCAUGAAACUAGAAGUGAAGGAUGUACUGAGGAUGCACUCAACAGUGCAGCGAUCGAAGGCAACCUAGAAGUGGUGAAAUUCCUUUACAACAAUCGUACUGAACGAUAUUCAGAUGAUGUGUUUGAUGAAAUCGCAUUGAAUGGACAACAUCAAAUACUAGAGUGGUUCGAUCAGCAAGAAGAUACAGAUAUGAUAUUCAGUGAAGAUAUUCUUCUUCAUAUCGUCCAAUCAGGAUAUUUGAACGUUCUCAAAUUCUUGUAUUCAAAGAAUGGAGAGGAAAACAGAUUUGGAUUCACAACAGAGAUAAUGGAUCUUGCAAUUAUGUAUGAACAUCUCGAUAUCAUGAUAUGGCUUUAUGAGAAUCUACCGGAAAUAACCAAAAACCCUAGCUUGAGCAAAACUUACUAUUGCAAUAUGGAAGUCUUUCAAUGGUUGGUCGAACAUUAUGGUCAAAACAAAAUUAUCAAAUCGAUUAAUCUUUCAUAUUUCCUCAAAUUUAUUGAUAAUCAAAAAGAUAUGAAAUUCUUAUUAAACAUGCUUUCAACAGAUUACUUGAAUCAGCUGAUAACAAUUCAAAAAGAAAUGGAGUCAGAAUAUAUAGCUUUCAUAAUUCUCGAUACAUUGAAAAAACAUAUUAAAAUCAUGAAAAAAAUGAAAAUAAAUAAUAAAAUUUCUAUCUAA